AUGGAAGCACUUGUUUCAAGCUGGUCUACUAAUGCUCAAUCCUUGCCUGAAAAUUAUGUUUUUCCACCAAGACAAAGACCUGGGAAGCUCAUUGUUCCUCCUUGCAAAAGUAUUGCUCUGAUUGAUCUUGGGAAAGCAGAGAGCUCUGAUCGAGCUGAAACAAUUCAGAAAAUUUUGGAAGCUAGCCAGGAAUGUGGAUUCUUUCAGGUGAUCAACCAUGGGGUUUCAGAUAAUCUAAUAGAUGAGAGCAUGAGCAUAUUCAAGGAGUUCUUCAACCUGCCAGCUGAGGACAAGGCAAGCCUUUACUCCACUGACCUCAACAAAAGUUGCAGGCUCUACACAAGCAAUUUCACCUAUGAGACUGAAGAGGUGCACUUUUGGAGCGAUAUUCUAAGACACCCUUGUCAUCCUCUACAAGACCAAGUGCAGAUUUGGCCUGAAAAGCCUACUAGAUAUCGAGAAAUUGUUGGGGCUUAUUCAGUUGAACUAAGGAAGUUGAGCUUGAAGAUUUUGGAUCUGAUAUGUGAAGGACUAGGACUGGAACAGGGCUAUUUUGGAGAUGAACUUAGCAAAGGCCAGAUGCUGUCAGUGAAUCAUUAUUCGCGGUGCCCAGAUCCAAGCUUGACCCUGGGAUUACCUAAACACUGUGACCCUAACCUCAAAACCGUUGUGCUUCAAGGGAAUGUGGGUGGGCUUCAAGUCUAUAAAGAUGGGCAUGGGCAAUGGCUGGGUGUCGAGCCUCUUCCACACGCUUUUGUUGUUAACAUUGGCUACCAGUUACAGAUUAUCAGUAAUGGGAAGCUGAGAGGCGCUGAGCACCGGGUGAUGACAAUUCCAAGAGAAGCACGGACGACUGCUGCCACCUUCAUAAAUCCUUCUCCUGACUGUGUCAUCCACCCCGCAGAAGCUCUGGUCAAUUUAAGCAACCCCACUCUACAAGGCCUUUACAUACGUUGA